CAAAAUACAACGUUAUUAGUUCUUUCCUCGUUUCUACUUUCUAGUAUCUGUGUGCACGUAAAAAACCUAGAGAAAAAAAACCAAAUGGAAGAAACAAUGAGGAGAUUCAAUGGUCUCGCCCAUUCCUCGGGCUUUAGUGUUCCCAAGAGAUGCGAUGGCCUCACCCUCUCGGCAACAACCGCUUCCGGAGCUGCCACCAGGGCCGCCGCCGCUGAUUCCGCCGGAGCACCAAAAAUAAAGUACCGGGGAGUGCGCCGGCGCCCGUGGGGACGCUACGCGGCUGAGAUCAGGGACCCUCUGUCCAAGGAGAGGAGGUGGCUGGGUACCUUUGACACCGCCGAGGAGGCCGCCUGCGCUUAUGACUGCGCCGCCAGAGCCAUGCGCGGGGCCAAGGCGAGGACAAACUUUGUGUACCCGCCGCCGCUGCCCUCCGGUUGCGCCAACGGGUUCAGUCUACCUCUCUGCUCCGGCCGCAGCAAGACCGCCUCUUCGUGCCAGCAGAUUUCUCUCAAGGAUUUGCCGUCCAAGCAGUUCUUUCAGUCCACUUUCUCAUCAAACGCGGCAUACAAUAACCUUUCGUCGACAAGGAAGAUGGUGAGCAAAUCUCUGAACUCUCUUCUUGGAAAUGAUUAUCUCAGCUCAUCAUCAACAGCGACUACUCCGAAUAUCAACUGCUACCAAACCACCCCCGGCGAAACAAUGGACCAUCAAUUUUACCGGGAGCCGGUGAAAGAUGCCAGCUUUAACAUGGAAUGGACAGGAAUGGACUUCUUUCCGGCAGAACCCUCGGACUCCGGCUUGCUUGAGGAGGUGCUCAACGGGUUCUUCCCAAAACCCACACCGGUAAAAUUUGACCAAUCACCGGCCGGCGGUUCUUUCGGCGGCGACGAGAAAUCUAACAGCAAGUUUGGAGUACUUCAAGGGCAAUUUGGGUAUUCCGGUGGUGGGUUAGAUGAUUCGCAGCAGCAGCCGGUGUCUUUUCAGUUCCAUAAUGACUUUCCGGCGAACUUUCAGGUGUCCCCUGAAACAAUGUUGGGGGACAUGCUUUACCAGUACCAGCAGGACCCUGCAUUGAGUGUGUUCCAUUAUUGCUAAUUACGGAGUAAUUAAUUAAGCUAGGUUCAAAAAUCCUGCAUGAUAUGUUAGAAUUGAAGGCCACCUCUAGCUAUCUAGGUAGCUGCUAGCUUAUUAAACAACUUUAUUUUCUUCGGACUAGUUAAUUUCGCAAGGAGACAACAUGAUGGUUUCUAGUAAAGUUCAGUUUCGUCUUUAAUUCGGAGUAAAUUAAAGUAUCCAAACUGACAACUACUGUAUUCAGGACUGUUUGGAGCCGAG